AUGGCGCUCUUCUCUGAUGAUGAUGCGUCCCAAUAUCAAAUUAGGAGCAGCAACAAUAUGACCUACAAGGUGAGAGGGGACAUGAAGAAGCUCCUCCCAGUCACCACCUUCUUCCUCGGCGCGGCGUUGACAGCGGCGUUGGUCUUCCUCAAUGCUACACUGGAUGUGAACUGGCGGCCCUCCGCCCUGGCCUCAUGGGGCACUGGUACUCAGCCAGCCUCCAACCCCAAGACGAAAGCAUUGACAGAACUGGCAGAGGUGCUGAAGAACGCAUCCAUGGAGGACGGCACGGUGAUCAUGACGUCCAUCAACAAGGCGUACGCUGCUCCGGGGUCCCUCCUGGACCUCUUUCUUGAGAGCUUCCGGGUGGGCGAGGGCACGGCGCACCUGCUGGACCAUGUCCUCAUUGUGGCCGUCGACCCCGGCGCGCUCCGGCGGUGCCGGUCGGUGCACCGGCACUGCUACCUCCUCCGUCGCUCCCCGGGCGCCGUGGACUACAGCGGUGAGAAGCACUUCAUGACCAAGGACUACCUGGACAUGAUGUGGGGCAGGAACCGGUUCCAGCAGACCAUCCUCGAGCUCGGCUUCAACUUCCUCUUCACGGACAUCGACAUCAUGUGGUUCCGGAACCCGCUGCGGCACAUCGCCAUCACGUCGGACGUGGCCAUCGCGAGCGACUUCUUCAACGGGGACCCGGAGAGCAUGGGGAACCGGCCCAACGGCGGGUUCCUGUACGUGCGGUCGGCGAACCGGACGGUGGAGUUCUACCGGCGGUGGCGGCGCGCGCGGCGCAGGUUCCCGGCGGGGACCAACGAGCAGGAGAUCCUGGGGCGGGCGCAGGGGGAGCUGAGCCGGCGCUCCGGCGUGCGGAUGCAGUUCCUGGACACGGCGCACUGCGGGGGCUUCUGCCAGCUGAGCGGCGACAUGGGCAGGGUGUGCACGCUACACGCCAACUGCUGCACCGGCCUCGCCAACAAGGUGCACGACCUCAGGAACGUGCUCAGGGACUGGAGGAACUACACGGCGGCGCCGCCCGAGGACCGGCGCGUGGGAGGCUUCCAGUGGACCAGGCCCGGCAGGUGCAUCCGCUGACAGAGGUGUGGCGCCGCGUCAGCGGGCUGGAAUGGUUCAUCGACUUGCACGUCGUGUCCUUGUUCUUGUUUCUGCAUGGCAGUGGGUGGUUUUUACCCGACUUGAGGUUGAUGUUAUAGUAGUUCGCUACAUGUUUGGUGUAUUUUGCAACGUCAGAUUUACUACGUACAGUACGUGUUUACUGAUAGGCGAAUGUAAGAAAAAUGUUAUAACGACUGUACUGUGCUCGAUUAAAUUAUACUAGUAUAGUGGAUUGCGGUGGAUUUUUAUGUUAA